AUGGCUACCCGCGAGAAUGUCGAGGAGGUGAAGAGCUUUCUCUCCUUCCACUGCAGGGAAACAGACAUUAAGGUCGCACUGCAACACUUCGGUGGCAAUGUGGAAGACUGCGUGUCGUAUCACGAACACCUCUUAGCCAGCUACCGCACGAGCGGGAACCUGCACAUGUUGGGCAGUUUCCUCGGCGACAAGCCAGCAGAGCCAAACUUUGAAGAUGAAGAGGAGGUUGGUAAGCGCGACUGCUUCAUCAGGUAUAUGCGAUCUGGGAGAGCGGAGACACUCGAGAAUUUGAAGGCCAUACUCUGA